AGUGUCGCCCAACAACUUCUCAACGGUCAAGAUGUUGUACCCGAGUCGUUUCCUUCUGUUACUAUUUAUUUCUCAGAUAUUGUUGGAUUUACCAGAAUUUCUGGCGAAUCCACCCCCAUGCAGGUUGUGGCUUUUCUGAACAAGCUGUAUACCAAGUUCGACAGGAUCAUUCAAAAGUACGAUGUGUAUAAGGUGGAAACGAUUGGCGAUGCAUACAUGGUAGUAUCCGGAGUUCCAAACUUUAAGGAAACCCAGUUCCAUGCGAAGGAGAUUGCUCUCAUGGCCCUACGACUAUUAAGAGCCGUGCGGAAUUUCAAAAUUCCGCAUCGCCCUAGUGAACAGCUUAUGUUACGGAUUGGAAUCCACACUGGAAGCUGCGUUGCUGGUGUUGUGGGCAAAACUAUGCCGAGGUAUUGUUUGUUUGGUGAUACUGUGAACACUGCAAGUCGUAUGGAGAGCAACGGAGAACCACUCAAAAUCCAUUGCUCACAACCCACUCGAGAUGUGUUAUCGGCAAUUCCUGGGUUCAUGCUGGAGGAGCGCGGUACUCUUUCCAUCAAGGGAAAGGGACAGAUGACUACAUACUGGCUAUUAGAUGCUGAAGGUUAUGAGUUUUCGGAUGAUGAUGAGGAGCGCGAAGAGCCAACACUUGCUCCAGAAAUAUUCCCCAGAAAUUCAACCUUUAGAACUAUACGAGGAUCUGGAUUUGGACUCAAUCGCGAAUCAACGGUUUCACUAUCGACGCAGAAAGAUCAGUCAUUUUUGAAGCGAAUUAUAGGCACUGUGAGGCCGUCAACACAGACUAACACCGACUUGCAGUCAAAUGCCUUUUACUCGGCUAUGAAUGGUGGAGUUGUGUCUAUGGGCAACUCGUACAAGGAGCUCCCCAGCGUUCACGAAGAAGAUUCACCGGGAACAACUCUACAAAAUGAUGCAACCAGUCAUAGAACGUUCAGCCGAAGCAUCCGGAGGCCUCCAUUUUCAUCGACGCGAAACUGCUUUCAACCGGCAAGUCGUUCUUCCUUCCCAAAUGAAAAUGAUGUGGUUCUAAGAAAAAGAUCAACAUCUCUUCCCGAUGGAGAGGUGUUGAAUUUGGAUGUAGCUGGUCCAAUCACGGGUGCGAACUCCACUGCUCCUGUAUCUUCCUAUUGCUCACCAUGUCCUCGACGCAAUGCUGCACAUUCAAGGUUUGUAUCGGUUUUACCUUACUUUAUGAUGGUUAAUGAAGCGAAAUAAAU